AUGGCUGAGCCGUCCGGUGGGAUUCCCUAUUCGAUCGAAUCUGUCGACGCCCCCGAAAUACUCGGAUUCUGCUCCGUCUACACACAAGAUCGUCGUUGUGGACGAUUGCGCCCUGAUAUUUCGCAACAGAUUCUUCGGCAUCCACCGACACUGGUUUAUUGGGCCACUUCUGCACUUCCUAGUCAAUAUCAGUCAUCGGUUCGCCCCCAACGUGCCGUGCGUGCUUUCCGCGAUGCGACCGUACGGAGCGGUGCCCGAGACUGGGCAGUAAGUUGGACUGACGAUCCCACUAUCAGCUCCGAGGGCGCGGUACUGACUUGCGACGGUUGUCUCAACUUCAUUGACGCCAACGAUCGGCUUCCGGGCAGUGUAGCACGACCGUACCAAGACCUGCGUUGUAUGGAAAGACCCAAAAGGAUCUCGUUGUCUCUCGUAUAUUCUUCUGCCAAGCGGACGAGUGCUGGUAUGUCGCGAUUUCCAGCAGCAAGUUAUCGCGAAAAUCUUCAACCCGCCGGCUUCCUUACUCGCCCAAUCUAUUUGAUUAAUCACGCGUUGCCAGCUUCUAGCCAAGAAUCUGCUAAGGCUCCGUAUUUUGACAACCCGCCGUGCGUACGCGAUCUUCCAGAUAGCGCACUUUCCCACUCUGCUUUCCCCGGCCGUCGUCGCCUCAGUCGAACUCUUCAAGUAUCGUAG